AUGCUCUUGUCAAAAUCCAGCGAAUAUUCAGAUGUCAGAUUGGACGAUGAAGAAAUCAUAAUCAACCAUCCUGAAAACAGAGUCUGCAAAGGGCCGUGGCCGUAUCUGCCGUGGGCCUUGGCCAUUUUCCUCUCGCUCCUAUUGAUACGGAACAUAUGGGGACAGAGCGAAGAGUCCAGAGAACGGCAAGCUUGGGGUUCCUAUGAAGCAGGCUUUGCAACAGACAUAGAUCAGACCAGGCCCCUGAUUCGACUGAAGCAAGUCCAAUUCUACGGUUCAUUUCGCGUCAAUGAUGAAGGCAUCUGGCACUUGAGUCGCAACGACAGCGAGCCGGUGUAUGUGGGAAAGCCAAGCCCAGAGAUCGAUCUUGCCUGGGAUGCAUUGAUCAUACCUCGGUUCGCAGGAUUGUACCGAGAGGAUGCCGAGCGCCUGGGGUUGACGUUGAGCGGUGACGACUACGAGCAUGACCGCAUUUGGAUCGAACCAAGCGGAUAUCAUGAUUUGCACUGUCUGAAUUACAUCCGAAGAGCGCUGGAUCGCGAAUACUACACAGAAAUCGUCUUCGACCGCACGACGCCCGUCAUGCCUGGCAUGGCAAGCGACCGGCUACACUUGGGUGAGGCGUGCCUGUCUGAAGGUGAACUACUUGGGCCGUGA